UGCGCUAAUCAUAACAAACGCGAGUCGAGACUUGCUGACUAGUGUGACGGUUGUUUCGCAAAAUCCACGGCGUUAAAAAAAGUCAAAAUGUUUGUCGAGUUUUUCCAAAAGUGUGAUUUUUGGCUACAUUUUGCCUAGGUUUUACUAGACGUUGAAUGUUUUUACCGGUCGAAUCUAUUGAAUGGGAAGGAUUUGAUCAGUAUCAUGGUUCGAUGCAAGGGCACUAAGGUGCUCCCAGCAUUCUUCGCCUGGGCAAUCUUACUCAUUACAACAGCUCUUUUCUUUUAUUUUCCAUGUAUGUGGUUUUACGAGAAUGUCUCGAUACUUAUACCUCUAUGUGAAGCUGUGGUGACUCUCUUUGUAAUAGCCAACUUCAGCCUAGCAACGUUUAUGGAUGCUGGAGUAAUUCCUAAAGCGUCUCCUGACGAGGACAAAGAUGACGACUUCCGCGCUCCUCUGUAUAAAAAUGUGGAUAUUAACGGAGUGACAGUGCGGAUGAAGUGGUGCGUCACUUGCCAAUUCUACCGACCGCCUCGGUGCUCACAUUGCUCCGUUUGCAAUAAGUGUGUCGAGACGUUUGAUCAUCACUGUCCGUGGGUCAACAAUUGUAUUGGCCGCCGAAAUUACCGCUACUUUUUCCUUUUCCUCAUCUCAUUGUCGUUGCACAUGGCGGCUGUCUUUAGCUUCUCGACGUAUUUCUUGAUCCAGCACAAGGACCGUCUCACUCAGGUUCCCACUGUCGUCUCACUCUGCCUUGUCACGCUGGUGGGCAUCCUUUCCGUGCCCGUUUUCGGUCUCGCUGGGUUUCAUGUAGUCCUCGUUGCCAGAGGGAGGACGACCAAUGAACAGGUUUGCGUUUUAUUGAUUUCUUUACUAUUGCAGUAUGACACUGAUCUAAGAAUUGCCAUUUCCUUGGAACCUUCAUGUGCACAGGUAACGGGCAAGUUCCGCGGCGGCUUUAACCCCUUCUCGCGGGGAUGUGGCGCCAACUGCUGCUACGCUCUGUGUGGUCCGCAGUUCGCCAGUUUGGCUCAACCGACGCGUUACGUGGGCCGAAAGCCACACCGCUACACUUUCAGCUCGACGACUAACAACAUCCACAACUCCGACGUGUCCCCCGAUCAGGUUAAGGUGUAUCUCAACUCUGGAGGGCAUGCCAAGGGCAACGGAACAGGACCCGGAGUCACCUACAACAAAUUGCAGUUGUCGCCUUCCAGACCAGCUGCCAUCAGCAUGAUGGAGAAUAGAAACGGAAUCGCUGAUGACAUAGAUGAUGAAAUGGAGUUGACUGAAUUCUACAAUGGCGCUGGCAGCCAAUCAGUGGAUUGCGAAGCUUCACCUCCAUCUCUCCAGAGAGGGGGUUCCAAAUCAAAUUUCUUCAUCGUACCGGCUAAUUCCGGCUAUGGGAUGCGGCCAGGUGGCGAUUUUGGACAAUCAGACAUGACCGAUGCAUCAUCUCCUCGCCGGAUGACGACAGUGCAGACUCUCCGCGGGCCCAACGUCCGCGGAUCACCUCAUCCUUUUAGAGCUAACCGAGGGGGUGAAGGCCAGCGAUCGAGAUCUCACACCCCCGAUGAUCUGUUGAAUGCCGAUGGCGCCGCCAUGGGACUUAACUUUGCCCGCCCUCUAUCGAUUCACGACGUUCAAAAUUCUUCAAAUACUGGAACGAAUUUACAACAGCGCCUGCGUGCGAUUGGCGGUGUUCCUACUCCAUUCGCCGUCCCUCCUCGCGGUGUCUACGCCGAUUACAGCCGACAGAGGUCUGCGACGUCAACGGGCUACGUCCAGGAGCAAGGGAACAAUGACUAUCGGGUCGACUCUAGCAUCGGUGGUGGAUCACCAACAUAUGACUACAGCUCGUCCGGCUACAACUCGCGGCUCCAGCAGCCAGCAGCUCAAAGACGGGUCAAUUCGGAGGGCGAAUUAUUGUCGUCGUAUCACAGAGGAGACGACGGUGUCAUGAACUACUCGAUGCCCAUGACAGAGCGCCGCUCACCGGACACGUACCACGAAGCGCUGUACUCUUCACCGGGCCGACCAGGGGUCUAUUCUCCGACAGCACACGUCAACAAUCGUCCGAUACCGAUGAAUGCAACGUCGUAUCGGAUGAUGGAAAAUGGGCAGCAAGACCUAGCGGGUCCACCGUCAGCCAAACAGGCUCGUAGCCAGGCUCCAACAUCCAGUGUCUACGAAGUGAACUAUGAGAUAUCUGUGUAGCGUGAGCGACGUGGUUGGCCACUCGAUCCUACCGACCCUACCAGUGUGUGAAUGAAACCAGAUUCUUCGUUCGCCUCCGCCAAAAAAUAACGGGGGAGGCUCACUCACACAUGUAUACACAAACAAAACAUUAACUAAAGAUAUAAAUAUUUAAAAAAUAAGAAGACUAGAAGAAAAAAAGAAUGGUCGUUGGUCUCUCAAGCUUGCCAUCGCGUUUCACCGAGAGAAGAUUAGACGACAGCAAGCUUAACAGGGAGCUCCGCCAUUAACCAUUGUGAAGAGAAACACACCUCCUUUUCUUUAUGUUUCCUUUUUAAUCUAUAUCGUCUCUGGUCUAUUGUCAAAAAAACAACAUUUGAGCAAUGGGUGAUUGUCAGUGCGAAUGUGCGUGUAUCCGUGAGCGUAGACGGAGACGAAAAAGUAAAAUGAUGUUCUCCAGUGCGAAUGUUAGAGCUGUCCGUGUUGAUACGACUAUAGAUAACGUGCCGUGUGUCAGAUGGGACUAAUGGAAUUCACCACACUGGUGGGUUGAAACUAGUCCACUCGAGUGUACUAUCACGAUUAAUGUUUUCUAAUAAUUUUCUUGCCCAUGGGACAUGACAUAAUUGUUUGUUUUUUUUUUUUCAAAUUUUUUUUUCCAUUUGUGUAAAGAAAUUCGAAGACAUUAACUCUUAGUUUGCCAUCCUGAUGACCCACCCUUUUGUAUUAUAUUUUUGUCACUUUUCUGAUCGUCCUCGUUUUUUUUUUUUUGCUUUUUAUAAUUUGUGGUGUCCCUCCGUCCUUCAGUGGGUGACCAUCUCGUCUAAUGAUCGUUUAAUGUAGACGAAUGUUCGUAAUUGAAGGACUAUGAGAAAUCAACCGUGACCUUUGAAUACAAAGUAUAGUCCACGUGUGA